AUGUCGCUUGGUUACCGUGUUGCCUGCCGUGGAAAAUGCACGUUCGGAAGUAGCGAUUUGUCUGGGUGUCGGCAAAGCAUCGGCAGGACGUCCCUCUUUUGCGCUUCCAAUGUGCCUGGUGGGAUCUGGACGAUACUAGAGCAGGACCUUCGGGUACCGACAGGCUCACUUCUCGACCAAUUUGACCCGGUCAUCACGGCCUUUGCCGAAGGAUGCUGGAGCGCCGGGGUGGCACUGAACUUCCAUGGUGCUUGGCGCUGGUGGGUGGCCCACUUUACCCACCUGAACAACAUCACAGAGCACUGCAGCCCACGCCAUGGCAGCCAAGGUGCUGCGGAAAGUACUGAGCCUGAAGUGGGCUCUCCAUCCACGCCACCGCACGCGAUCGGACUUGCUAAGAACGACGUCGGCCAUUGGCUUCGUCAACACAUGAAUAAGGACCUUUUAGAGCAGAACCGCCUUAACUAUCCUUUACCGGCGCGCUGGCACGUUGGCACUUGGCUCCCGCGUCAACUCUGUGUACCCCACCCAUUGAAUAAGGUAGUAUACGAAGUUAUUGACCCACCGUUUGGCGAAUAUUCUUUCUACCUCGAAGAGCUGAGCAUUGUCUCCUCUACGAGCUCGGCGCUCGUUUGCAAAAAGACCUCCUCCUCUACUGACAACGUCACACAAAGCUGCCAAAAGGAGCCGUCCAAACGGCGCUGGAUCGUUCGGGCGUGA